AUGUCUCCUGUAACCGUCCUCGCUCUGGCACUCCUAGCAGGCUUAGCUUCUUCUGCACCAAAUCGCAUAGUUGGCGGCUGGGAAACAACAAUAGAAGAGUGGCCAUUUAUUGUCCAAAGCGAUUCCUUUAGUCUAUGGUCAGGCUUCUGGUCCCAAUCAUGUGCUGCUAACAUCCUAAAUACCAAAUUCGUUUUGUCUGCUGCUCAUUGUUACGAGGGCUCGCCUACAAAUCGUCGGAUCCGUGCCGGCAGUGCCUCCCGUAACAUCGGCGGUACACUCCAUCAGGUAGAUUGGUACCUGAACCACCCUUCUUAUGGACAAGGAUUAGGACUUGAUGGUGACAUCAGCAUUGUGAAGCUCGUAACUCCGUUAGUGUACAGUUCCUCCGUUGCUCAGGCUACCAUACCCAUCCAAGAUUCAAAAGUUCCCGAUGGUUCUGCUGUCAAACAUGCCGGCUGGGGUACCACAUCGCAAGGAGGCGUUACUAACCCUGAACUCCUAGAGACUGAAAUCUACGUAGUCAAUAAUAAACUCUGCAGAGAAAUCUACGCAGGCUCUGGAUUUGUCUCCGAAAAUAUGAUCUGUGCGAUGUACCCGCAAGGUGGUCGUGAUGCGUGUCAGGCUAAAAACGCUGUGGGCGAGGCUGUAAGCGACCUCGGCGGUGUUUUUUCUUACAGAAUACCAAUUAUUGUCAAAUUGUAUGGACUAAUGUCAAUUAGCACACCGCCGAGUAGUUCUACUCAUAUCCGUCACAGCCUUGAGCGCUAG